AUGACGGUGGUCUUAAUCACAGAAUGGAAGCAUAAAGUCAAGGUCUACAAAGGUUACCAUGCACACUGGUCAUCAGCAAUCCCUCUUAUUAUCCAAGGGGACACAGAUGUCCUUCACAGCAUGGUACACAAUCUUGUAAAUAGGACGAGCUUCAUGAGUAGUCCAACGAGCAGGUGCAUUAAUGGCAGCACUUUGUUACAUACAGCCGCUUACUUUGGAAGACCAGACAUUGUGAAAACACUUCUGCAUUUGAAGAUUGACAUCAACCUGCAGGAUUACAAGGGAGCAACAGCGUUACAUAGAUCUCGAGAUACAGAGACCAUCCAGUUGCUAAUAGACCAUGGUGCUGAUGUUAACUGGUCAGAUGGGGAUGGCAAUACGCCAUUGCAUAUGAUGUGCUAUGGUGAAAUGAUGAAGCCGGCAAGAUUGGACUGUUUGAAACUUAUGCUGUCUCAUAAGGCUACAAUAGAAAGAUUGAACAAUAAGGAUCUGCUGCCAAUCCAUUGUGCUGCGAUGCAAGGUAGAAUAGAUGUUAUUCAGCUCCUUCUGCAGUUUGAUACAGAAGAACAAAUGAUAUCAAAAUUAAUGAUGGCAAAAGCUCCAAGCGUCCUAUAUCUGUCUGUGGCCAGUAAUCACAUUGAAUGUGCACAAUGGCUCACAGAAAAAGGAUUCAAUUUUAAACCUGAAGAGCAAAAAGAACUGCUGUUUGGAUUACUACAGGAUGAAAUGGGAGUGCAAGGAAAAGCUCAGUGUCUGGAAUUCCUCAUAAGGACUGGAGUUGAUAUUAAUGCAGUUGACAAACAAGGUGAUAGGUAA